CCGAAGUUUAGCGCUAAGCUGCAUUGAUGGCGGUUUCUUCGUUCCCGGUUCUUUCUUCAUUGAGCGCCAGUGCUAAUAUCUCUGCGGACGUUAGCUUGUAUUCUCUGAAUCUUCCACUCGUCAAUAUCUGUUCCAGACUGAGCGCUCAUCAGUCGUCUUCUACUAUCGUUUGCUCGUACAAAUCUGGGAGUGAAGCGGUGACGGACCGAAGGAAGAAGUUAUUGGAGCAAUAUGGACUUGACCCCGACGAGUUUUUAUCUGAACCUUCUACUAAUCGAAGAAGAGAAGUGCCAAAAUCGGGGAAAGGCAAGCAGAUUUCAGCCGGGGAUCCUAAACCUCAACGGGAGACCCAUAAGUUACUUCAGGUGCUUGGGGGAAGUGCUCGAAGAAUGAAGCUACUCUCACCAAAGGGCCUGGAUGUACGACCAAUGAUGGAAGUUGUGAAAGGUGCAGCUUUUGAUAUUUUGCAGGCUGCUGGUGGCUGUCCCGCAUCUUUAAGGCCUGGUCGUUGGUUAGACUUGUAUAGUGGUACUGGAUCAGUUGGUAUUGAAGCUAUGAGCCGUGGAUGUUCCGAGGUGCACUUUGUUGAGAUGGAUCCGUGGGUUGUUUCUGAUGUUCUAAGGCCAAAUCUGGAAUCUACUGGGUUUCUUGACGUUUCAGUCAUUCACACAAUUCCAGUUGAGAAUUUUAUAGAACGAGCUAAGCAGUUUAUUGGUAAUGAUGGACCAUUUGAUUACAUUAGUGUUACCCCACCGUACACACAAGUUGAUUAUGGAGUACUGAUGGGACAGCUAUCGACAUCAGCCUUAGUAGGAGAAGAUACCUUCAUUGUGGUUGAAUAUCCAUUAAGGACUGAAAUGCUAGAUUCAUGUGGAUGCCUUAUUAAGAUUACUGACCGACGUUUUGGUCGGACACACUUGGCAAUUUAUGGACCCAAGUGGGCUGAGAAGAAGAAAAGGAAAAAAGAAAAAUUACCUAAUAAAAUCUCUAUAACCGUUGAGUGAAAUGGUGCCCUUGUUCAGCAACAAUUGUUACAAGCGUAAACUUAAGUGGUCGGAAGGCAACUUAUGAGAGCUGCAUGCUUAAGUACUGACUGUACUGUCAGCAUUUCAUUCGGUUGGUACCUAGAAAUUGAAGUGUCCAGAUGUUGAUAUUAUUUUUCUUGAUUCUAUAGGCAUCUUGCAACGACAGGGUUCCCAACUAUUGCAGGUCGAGGCUGUACAUGGAAUCUACAGCCUCCUGAGCAUUGUCUAGUUCUAGAAUCUAUAACCAAGCUUCAUAAUGGUAAGACUUAACUUAUCCAAGGAACAAGCCAGAGAAUGUACCAGCUAAUUAUUUCUCGCUUCUCUUUUUUGGUGUGAAUUAGGAGUUAGUAUUUACUUGAGUAGUUACCAAGUAGAUUUUCCCUCAGUGAGCGAUAUUAUACGUUUGUAUUGGAACUCAAAUAUCUUUUAUCGACCUUUUAGUUUGAUUCCAGCACUGAAGUGCCAGUAUGCCUGUGUAAUAUAUAGAACCAUGCAAUUUAUGGACUAUGUUUUUGGCCUCCA